AUGCUCUUGCACAAGGCUAGUCGUAGAAGAUUCCCAGGCAUGUUAGGCAGUCUUGACUGCAUGCAUUGGGAAUGGAAGAACUGCCCUACUGCUUGGGCAGGCCUGUUUACCGGCUACAAGCAUAAGCCAAUUGUCAUUCUAGAGGCAAUGGCCUCAUAUGACACUUGGAUAUGGCAUGUCUUUUUUGGAGUCACCUGA